CGACCAACGACGCGGUUUGAUUACGGUACAAAACACGCCGCCAUCCGGCUGCUUCUUCCCCCGGUAGUGUCCGCCCUGCAGGCACGGGACCGGCUGAUAACCGCAGAGGGUUGACCCGCCUACCUCACUUCUGCCCCCCUGAUUGGACUCGCCUUAACGCGUCACGAUAGCCUUAUUCGCUGUAGACUUUUGGCGGGGCGGAAGCUGCUUCUUCAAAAACAAAACAAAACAGCGCCGCAGAGCCGUCAAAAGAAAGAAGCUCCGUUCUGAGGAUGGACGCCCGAGAGGCUCAUGGCGACGUGGAGGCGAUUUCCCAGAAACUGGACGAGUGUUUAUCAGUGGACUCCGACAAUGAGAUGAACACCUACAACAGAUUGAUUCUAGAAGGUAAGGAUGCCGGCAGAAGAGGAGACAUGAAGGAAGCGCUGAAGUUCUUCAAGCUGGCGUACAACGUCCGGCCGAGCGCAAAGCUCGAGGGCCGCAUAACGAAAAUCGAGGAGCACCUCGCCCACAACAACUCGGAGGAGGAAGACGACGACUUUGUUGACGUCAACGGCAGCGGCUUGAUGCUCUUCAAAGAGCUGCAUGAUAAGCUGUACGACUACCAGAGGGACGGGGUGGCCUUCCUGUUCAGCCUCUACCGGGACGGGCGGAAGGGCGGGAUCCUGGCGGACGACAUGGGCCUCGGCAAAACCAUCCAGGUGAUCUCCUUCCUCUCCGGCAUGUACGACUCCGAGCUGGCCAAGCACACCCUGCUGGUCAUGCCCACAUCCCUCAUAACCAACUGGACCAAGGAGUUCGCCAAGUGGACUCCAGGCAUGCGGGUCAAAGAGUUCCACGGCACCGGCAAAGGGAGGACCUUGAAUCUAGAGAAGGUCCAGAGGCGAAGCGGCGUGGUCAUCACCACCUACAACAUGGUCAUGAACAACUGGCAGCAGCUGUCAUCGCACAAUGGCAGAGAGUUUACGUGGGACUACGUCAUCCUGGACGAGGCGCACAAGAUCAAGAACACGUCCACCAAGUCGGCCAAGAGCGCCUACGCCAUCCCGGCCAAGAACCGGGUCCUUCUCACGGGCACUCCGGUCCAGAACAACCUGAAGGAGAUGUGGGCCCUCUUUGACUUUGCGUGCAACGGCACCCUGCUGGGCACGGCCAAAACGUUCAAGACCGAGUACGAGAACCCAAUCACCCGAGCCAGGGAGAAGGACGCCACUCCCGGGGAAAAGGCCCUCGGCUGCCGGAUGUCUGAGAACCUCAUGACCAUAAUCAGACCGUACUUCCUCCGCAGGACGAAGGCGGAGGUGCAGAAGGACAAACUGAACAGGGCAAAACGGGAAGACCCAGACGGGCGAGUCCCGAAGGACUCUGGAGCCGUGAUGCCGACGCUGAAGAGGAAGAACGACCUGAUCGUCUGGACCUACCUGAGCUCCGUCCAGGAGGACAUAUACAGGCAGUUCCUCUCUCUGGAACACAUCAAGGAACUGCUCAUGACCACGAGGUCGCCUCUUGCCGAACUCAACAUCAUGAAGAAGCUGUGCGACCACCCGAGGCUGUUCUCCGCCGCCGCCAUAGCCAAGCUGGGCCUGGAGGAGAGUGAGGCCGAGGGCCAGCAGGGCGGCGACCCGGAGCUAGACACGGGGAGCAUCGCCAACAUCCCCGACGAAACCCUGAUAUCGGAGUCCGGGAAGCUGGUGUUCCUUAUCGCUCUCCUGGAGCGGCUUCGGGACGAAGGCCACCGCACACUGGUCUUUGCCCACUUCAGGAAGGUGCUGGACAUCCUCGAGCGCAUAUUGGGCAACCGGGGCUUUAAGGUGGUGCGGCUGGACGGAACAAUCACGCAGAUCGCACAGCGGGAGCAGCUCAUCACCCGCUUCCAGACGGACCGGAGUUACUCCGUGUUCCUCCUCACCACCCAGGUGGGGGGCGUCGGCAUCACCCUGACGGCGGCUGACCGAGUUGUGAUCUACGACCCCAGCUGGAACCCGGCGACUGACGCGCAGGCGGUGGACCGGGCCUACCGCAUCGGCCAGACGGAGAACGUAGUCAUCUAUCGGCUGAUCACCUGCGGCACGGUGGAGGAGAAGAUCUACAGGCGGCAGGUCUUCAAGGACUCGCUCAUCCGACAGAACACCGGGGAUAAGAAGAACCCCUUCCGCUACUUCAGCAAGCAGGAGCUGAAGGAGCUCUUCAUCCUGGAGGACACACGGUCCUCCUCCACCCAACUGCAGCUGCAGGCCCUGCACGCCCGGCACCGGCACACAGACCCCGAGCUGGACCAGCACAUCGCCCACCUGCACGCCAUGGAGAUGUUCGGCAUCUCUGACCACGAUCUCAUGUUCUCCCUCGACGUCAACCAUGACGAGGAGGCGCCGGAGGACCAGGAGGCACAACACUACAUCGAGGGUCGGGUCCAGAAGGCCCAGGAGCUAAUGAAGGCCGAGUCGGAGCUGCAGAUGCAGCUGGCGGAGAGUGUGGCGUCCAGCACCGAGGCGGCGUGGUUGCGACUGCCGGGGCUCGGCGACAUGGAGCGGCCACCCAAGAAGAGAGAUCCCGGUCCUUCCCUUCCGCCCCCAGACCGCAGGCUCACAGGACCCCCCGCAGACGUGGGGGAGUGGGACCGGUCCGGUUCUGACGAGGCGUACGUCGAACAGACCAGCCUCCCGGUAAUCGACCUCACCGAGGAUGAAAGAACGUCAGAAGAUCAGCCUGUUGUUCUGGAAAGUCCUCGAGAAGAUCUGCCAGAGCAGAACCUGCCGGUGGACCGGGAGAGGAGCCCCGUGGAACCGGAGAGGGACGCCUCCCUCGACGAGGUGAUUGAGGCGUCUCUGGUUGAGGAAACGAUGGACCGGUCGGAGGUGGUCGACAGCAUACCGGCGGGUGAUGAAGACGUCGCUCCGCCGCGGAACCAGAGGCUCUCUCUCCUGAAGCUGGAGAUGGAGGCAUCGUCCUCUGGAACCGGCUCGGGACUCGAGUCCUUUGAGGGCAACUUCAACUUGGAGCUCGAGGAGAGCGACGUGUCAUCAGAGGUUCUGGAUCCUCGGGACACCAACGAAGAGGAGGUGAAGCUGCUGUCCAAGCUGCGGUCAGAGGGAAGCUUCGACGUUUACAAAUCCCUCUCGGAGAGUCGGCAUCAAGAACAACUCGGCCAGAGUCUGGACGAAACGGACCAGUCCAUCGUGGGCGCCAAGAAGAAGAGGGCCGCGGUGAUUUAUGACAGUGAAGAAGAGGACUCAGAAGAUGAUGAGGGUCAACUCAACAACUCCUUCCAGGUACUUGGAGCCUCCACACCCAAAUGUGGCCCCGCCCCUCCUCGAUCGAGAAAGAGCGUCGGAGGAAACACCUCAGUGGCCUCCCGCCGGUCCUUCAUCAUGUCCGUGAUCGAGGACAUUGACCUCCGACCCACCGACGUGGCUGAUGACGAUGAUGAGGUCUCAGGAACGCACCUGGACGAAGAGGAAAUUCUUGGCUCAUCUCUUGAUGAGCAUCGGUGGGAGGACUCGGUGGAAGAGACAUCGAAUGAGGACCAGGAGGAACAGGAAGUGGGCAGUAUCAUGGCGCAAGAGGAGGAGCCUAGACAGGAAGAGGUGAGCUUCUUCUCGCUGGUCUCCAGAGGCAAGCAGAGCCACAGCGAGGGGAAGCUGCAAGAGGCCCUGAGCUUCUUCCUGAGGGCCGUGGACCUGAAGCCUGGAGACCCUGAGGUCCAGCUCAUGACCAUCCAGCUGUACCGGAGGCUGAGCGAGAGGAGCUGAGGGGGGGGGCAUGUGUUAAUAAAGCCUUUACGGGCGGUGGAGUGUUUAGAAACAAGGGAAAGAGACAAAGUGGAUUAGAAUGAAUACAGAGUAAGGUUUUUAAGCAAGUUACUUCAAGAAAAAGUUAUAUUUUAAUUGAUUUUGAAUAUUUUGUAUUUGGGGAAAACUUUAAAUAAUAUAAACUAUAUAGUUUAUAAGAUAAGUUAGUUACAUUCAAUCUCCUCUCUUGGGAUGGAUUUUCAACCAAUCAGCGGUUUGCGUUUGAAUAGAACAAAUGAUAAGAAAGUUAUAGUGUUCGAGGGGGUGCUUGGUUUGCCCCUCUCUACGCCCCGUCGGGCACAAACAGGAGCAGUUGGAACUUUUCUUUCCAGCUCGUGAUUAUCUUUUUGACGUCAUCAGAAACCAACAGCCAAUAACUUCUGACUCCACCGGUGAGACUUCAAAAUAAAAGCGUACGUCACAUUUUGACGGACCAGAGA